AUGCUUUUUAAAUUGAAGGCCAAGUAUUUUAAGACUAGUGACUUCUGGAAUGCUGAGUUGUCAAAUGGUGCUUAUGUUAGUUGGGGAAGCAUUGUCAAGGGUAGGAAUGUUGUUAGAAAAUGUCUUAGAUGGAAUGUGGGAGAUGCGAGACUUCAUAAUAGUGUACCUGAGAACAUUGUCACUGAGGUUUUAGCUAUGCCUGUUUGUAAUUUAUCUAAUAAUCCUGAUAUGCUCAUUUGGUCUGCUAGCAAUUCAGGUAGUAUCUCUGUCAAAGAUGCUUAUACUUUCUUGAACAAGAAAUUCAAUGGGGAAUUCAUUAUCAACAAGGACUGGAGUUUUCUCUGGAAACUCAAGUGUCCUUUUAAGUACAAAUUCUUCUUAUGGCAAUUAUGCCAAAACAGAGUUAAUGUGAAUGAAUCUCUAUACAUGAAAGGUUUGUGUAAUCAUCCUGGUUGUACUCUCUAUAACAAUGACUUUGAAACUACGUUUCAUCUGUUUUUUGGUUGCGCCAAAGUGCUUGAGAAGGUAAGGUUUAAUGCUAAUUGGGUCCUGGCUACUGCCCUUAGGACGGAUAAUGAGUACUAUCAGGUUAACUCAAUCAGUUCUACAGGUGGAAGAAAUAUGGAAGAAAUUCAUGUUGCCCGGCAGGUUCCUAAUGCAGGAUAUUAUAAUAUCAAUACUAAUGGUUCUACCAUUGAUUGUGGUGAUGCAGGAAUUGGUGGUAUUAUCCGAGAUGGAGCUGGAGGUUUUGUUGCCUGUUUUUGUAAACACAUUUGCAAGAAUAACAACAAUGUCGCAGAGGUUUGGGCAAUCAGGGAUGGCCUCAUAUUGGCUGACCAGUUGGGCGCUAACUGUCUGGAGGUGGAAAGUGACUCGUGCUAUGCUAUCCAAUUAUGUAAAGGAGAAUCCAAACCUCAUUGGGACACAUACAAACUUGUCCAAUAUAUCAACAUGCUCAAGAACAAGUUUGAUCAAGUGAUUUUCAAGCAGAAAUACAGAGAGGCUAAUCAAGUUGCUGACAGAUUAACGAAAAAUGGUGCUACAAGAGAGGUUGAAGGCAUAUGGACUACAAACAUGCCUAGUUUUAUUAAUUCAGUUUUUAAUAAUAUGUAA